AUGCUCGAUCCCACAAAGGCCUUCGCCGCCUCUCGCGCUGCCACGUCGCGCACCGCUGGGCGCGAGAUGAAGUACGGACACCACCGUCCCGUGUAUGGCACGCUCCAGUUCAUCGAGUCGCAAGCCAUGCCGGUGCUACCCGACCGGCCAGCGCGGGUCCAGGUCGAGCAGAAGCGGAAGCUGCAGCAAGCGGAGCACCUCGGCGAGUACAACAUCUGGUACCACCGCUGGAGCGGCGAAAACAACUACGAGCGCGCCCCUCGCGCGUCGACCCGCUGCGUGCUCGAGACGGACGCCGGCCUAACGCGAGCUGACUACACCAACCCGGGCGCGCCGCCGCCUCCUCUGCCGCUUGAUGCGGUGGCUCCUGAGGCGGCCGGUGCGUGGUCUUAG